CAUGGUUAUGUUUGCAGGUGCUACUUUGUUCAAAAUGUUAUAAAUAAAUGUCUUUACACUGUUAUCAUUUUGAUUUUAGCUUGGCGCUAAAAAGGGUCUUGGUGCCCAGAAGGUGAGCAGCAAGAGCUUCACUGAGGUGGAAAAACAAGCUCAGGUGGCAGAGAAAAUGAGAGCGGAACAGGCCACUGAGACCAAGAAACAAGCCGAAGACUCCAUAGUGGCCUCGAUGCGACUGGCCUACAAAGAGCUGGAGAUUGACAGGAAGAUGGAGGAGAAGAAACUGAAGAACCUAGAGGGCAAGAAGAAGGAACAGGCGGAGAGGCUGGGCAUGGGAUUCGGCAACAGGAGUGCCGUGUCUCAUUCCGUGAUGGCUGAAAUGCAGGUGAUCGAGCAGGAGACCCCGGUCAGAGUCAAGUCCUCUUCUCGCUCUAAGCUGGACAUGUUUGAUGAGCCCGGGUUCACCUCUGGACCACCAAAGUACAAGGACAACCCUUUCACAUCAGGAGACAGCUUUGGUUCACGGUGGGACAAUGAUGGAGGAUCCUCGUUCUCUUCCUGGGCUCUGGAAAAAGAGGAGCCUAAAGACAGUGAGGUCACCAUCUCAAGCAUCCAGCCAAUCGGAGAAAG